AUGCAAAAUAUAAUUUUGGAGGAUGUUCAACCGAUCUCUAUUUUUGGAAGUUUCACAUCAAACCAUAAUACUGACGACAUAGAGGAGGGCAUGGAGUUUGAAAACAAGGAAGCUUGUGUUAUCGCGUUGCAACAUUGGCAUAUAAAACGUAGUCUUGAUUAUUCAGUGACUAAAUCUGACAAUGUACGAUACAUAAUCAAGUGUAAGAAUUUUGCAUGCAAAUUCAAAUGCAUGGUUUCUUUGUGUAAGGGGAACUCAAAGUGGAAGAUUGGUAAGCUUGGUGGGCCUCACACAUGCACAACUACUUCUAUGUCACAAGACCAUAGAAAACUAAAUUCAGAAAUGAUUAGUAAGAGCAUAAUUGAGCUUGUUAAUCGCGAUGCUUCUCUUAAUAUGAAGGUGAUCAUCGCUCAUGUUGUAGAAAAAUACAGGUACAUAAUAAUGUACAAAAAGGCAUGGAUUGCAAAGUGUAAGGCAAUAGAAUCACUGUAUGGAAAUUGGGAGACAUCUUACAACGACCUGCCGCAGUGGAUGCUGGUUGACGAAACAUGGUUGUAUGGCAAGUAUAAAAGGACUAUGUUGAUGGUUGUGGCACAUGAUGGGAACGAGAACAUUUUCCCAAUAGUUUUUGCAUUAGUUGAAGGUGAGACAAAGGAUGCUUGGAGUUUCUUUCUUAGGAAUUUGAGAAUACACAUUACUCCACAAGUAAAUAUGUGUCUUAUAUCAGACACACAUGAAUCGAUAAAGAGUGCAUAUAAAAAUCCGGAAAAUGGAUGA